CUGGCUAUUUCGAAGCUCCAGUUUAGAUGAAUCUUUAAAGAUCAUAAAUGAUACUAAUUUUAGUGUAACUUCGGAUUUUACGAUUGCUGUUUGGAAAAAUGGUGGUUUUAACUUAUAUGAUAUUUACAAUCAUUGCCAUUAUCGUGGUGGACUAUUAAAUGUUACUUUUGCUGGAACUUGGAGUAAAACUACCAAAAUAAACUUUAUACUGCCAAAGAAUAAAUUAGAAAGAAGAUGGAAUUUUCAUAAAAUGACUCUAAAAUCAAGUGGAUACGUAAACUACAGACCAAAGGGAAUGACAGUCAGUGAUUACUUACAAGAUUAUGAAACGAAUACUUUAGACAGCAUGGCUAAAUUUAGUUAUGCUAUAUGGCUACAUGUAUCUGAACUUUUUAAUUUUACAAUUGUUCCUGGUGAAUUUACAAAAUGGGAAAAGACAGAUAAACAGGGUCCAAUGGUUAAUGGAGUUACCAGGAGAGAUCAGGAUUUAUCGGGAACAGCUGCAUUAUUUACUGCUUACAGAACUGAAAUAGUUUCAUGUGCAGCUCCAUAUUGGCCUUUCAGGACUUGCUUUAUGUUUCGUACGCAACAGGCAAAAGACAUUAAAGUAAAUACGUUUAUUCGUCCUCUAGCACCGAACUGCUGGUGUUUCUUAUUAAUAGUGAUUAUAUUGAUUUGUGCCGAGUUUUUAUUUUUCUUAAAUCAUGAAAAUUUACAAAAUUUUUGGGAGAAGUUCUCUGUUGCAGUUCUUCUUUCAAUAGGAUCGUUAUGUCAACAAGGAUCAGCAUUCUUGCCUAAUAAGUCAUAUUAUCGCAUCAGUUUCAUAAGUACAAUGAUUUUCAGUCUCUUGAUGUAUAAUUAUUAUUCAGCCAGUAUAAUUUCCUCACGUUUAAAUGAACCACUUAACAAAAUGAAUGACUCACUGUUAUCACUAUCCAAAAGUGAGAUGAAAAUUGCUUCAGAACAUCAAAUUUACCUUGACUAUUUUCUACAGGGAAAAGACUGGGAGACAAAAACUUUUUAUAAAAAAAAAUGGUUAAAAAUUCCUAAAGCAAAACGAUAUUUAUUGCCAAGUGAAGGAAUAAGGCAAGUUCUAGAUGGAAAAAUAGCUUACCACACAGAUCCUAUAGUUGGAUAUCCUCUGAUUGGAAAAUUGUUUAAUAAUCAACAGAUUUGUGAACUCACGGAAGUUCAUCUUGUUCCGCCAACAGAAUUUUGUUUCUUUGUCAGUAGGAAUGGAUCUUUUUUUGAAAUUUCCAAAAUAGCACUCCUUAAGAUGUUCGAAGUUGGAAUACGACAAAGACAAGUAAAAAGGUGGACAGCGCGGAAACCUCUUUGCAGAAAGGAUCUCAUGUCUAUUAGCAGCGUCACAAUAUAUGAAGUAGCAUUUGCAUUAAUUUUAUUAAUAACCGGAAUUUUUAUUUCUAUAAUGAUAUGUGGUUUCGAAUACUUAACAUUCUUUCGAAUUAAAGGAAAAUAAUAGAUACAAUAAUACGUAUAUGUAAAGGUGUUAAAAUUAAAAGUUUAAUUCAUACGUUUAAAAAAUAAACAUUUUUCUUAUUAUGUAAAAACCUUAUAAACAUGCACUUGCUUUGUAAUAAAAUUUAUUAAAAAUUUU